AAUGCAUACCUCUAAGGAAUGAGAAGAGGUCGUAACAAGAGGGCAGUGAUAACAAUCGAUAGCGAUGGGACCGAUGCCGACGAAGAAUCGGAAGACGACUUGAUAGAAGACAUAGAGGAUGAUGAGGAAGAGAUCAGUGGUAUCGUCAAACGACAGCCAGAGUUAGUGCAGCCAGAAGUAAAGCGAGCCAAACGACCAGCAUCAAUUAAGACAAAGACAGAAAAAGAGAGAAAGAUAAAGAAAGAGACAGGGACAGAGACAGAAACAGAAACAGGGAAUCAACAAUGGAGUGACCAAUAUGCUCCCAAGUCAAUAGAUGAUAUAUGUAUCAAUCCUCAGAAGUUAAAACAAGUAAAGGAAGUGUUAUAUGAUAUGAUUUACCACCCGGACGCGUUAACAAGUCCACGAAUAUUGAUUCUUAGUGGACCAGCGGGCAGUUCCAAAUCCACCACAGUGAAGUUACUUGCUAAUGAUCUCAUCAGAAGCAGCCAGGAUAAUUUUGGUAGUUACAAUAAUGACAAAUGGAUAGAAUAUAUGGAUAUUGCCAGUAGUGAUGGAUUCAAUCAAAGCAACCAAUUUGAUGAAUUCAUGAACGAUGUUAAAUAUAGAGUGGGAAGUAACUUAACUGUGGUGGUUUUGGAAGAAUUGCCAAAUAUAUUUCAUUACGAGACAUUAAUUAAGUUUCGAAACAAAUUACGGGAAUGGCUAUAUAUGGAUACUCGACUUCCACCAUUAGUGAUAUGCUUAACGGAAGUUGAGUAUAACAAUAAUGAUUUGGGAGUCACACCGAGUUAUUCAUAUAAUAUUGAGAACAAUCUUACGGUGGACACGUUAUUGGGAAAAGAAUUGGCCAGUAAUCCCAAAGUCAAAAUUGUCAAGUUCAAUUCUAUUGCUAAUCGGUAUGUGAGGAAGACAAUUAAUAACAUCAUGAAAUACGAAAGGAAAGUGUUUAGUCAGAUUCCUGUGCAUACCUUAAAUGGAUUCCUUGAUGAAUUGGUCAAGCUCGGAGAUAUCCGAUCCAUCUUGUUUAAUCUCCAGUUAUGGGCUCGUAAUUACGUUCAACGAAAGGAACGUGGUGUGGAUGAUGAGACAUACUUAGAGACCAGUUUUAUUCGAGAGAACCAAAUUAAUUUGUUUCAUGCCAUUGGUAAGAUAAUCUAUUCAAGUUCAGAGUUUGCAAACUUGGCUGAUGAUAAGAAAGAUUUCUAUUCAAUAGAGCAAGUACUUAAUAGUUUCAACAAUUCGGCCCUAUUGAACUUAUCUAUUUUGGAGAAUUAUGGGAUAUAUCAAAAUGGUAAUUACGAAAUUUCUAUUGCCAGUGAAAUUGUUGAUGAUCUAAGUUUAAAUGAUUUAAUGAUUGAUGGAGAAGCCAGUAAGGAUUUUGGGAUAAGAUCUACAAGGAAUAAACUCCGAUCAAUUGAAGUUAGGUCAUCACUGGGAUACACUAAUAAAUUAAAGAUUAAGUUUCCUCGACACUUCAAGAUGAUACGACAGUACAAUAAGACCAUGUACCAAAUUAAGGCUUAUCAGAGAUAUGUCCAUCGCUUACGUAACACCUGGCAAGAGUUGAAUAUGAUCGAUGGGUACUAUCUUCCACUCAUCUAUAACAAAAAGAAGCAAUCACGAUACUUAUAUAAUCGACUAGGAGGUAAAUUUCAAGAGAUAUAUGCUGAUGAGGAGCUAGGAGUUAGUGAUCUACAUGGUAAUGACGGACACAACGGACGUGGAUUUGAUCGAGAUCAGUUUGAAGUAGAUAUCGAACAAGCCAUAGCAGAGUUGAAUAAUGAGGAGGGCAGUGAUGAUGAAGAAGGUUUAAGUGAUCCUAUCGACGACAGCAUAGAUGAGCUAGACGAAAACGAAGACGAAGACGGAGAAAGGUUUCUGUCGGAUUCUGAAUUGGAGGGAUUGAUCUCACAGGGUAUGAUAUAGAGAAUUAGGUUUAUUAAGUAUAC